AUGGAUAAGACUAAGAUUUGCAGCAACCGGCGAAAUACUAUUAAGACAGAUCUCAGUUUGCUGCUGGAGUGUCUCAAGUUUCAGAUGAAAUGCCCCGAUUUACAGAAGCAAGCCCUUCUCACUAUUCAUUCAAUCUGCGAAAAGAGAGAGGAUAAUGUGGACCUGCUAAGAGAAAUGGGAGGUGUGGCAUUUGUUUAUAACCUCUCCAAAUCCAGCAUUGUUCAUCCAGAUGUUAAGGAGACUGCACUCUUUACACUUGGCACACUGGCAGAGGCCAACGUCUACUGCAAGAAUUCUCUGUGCAAAAAGGAGACAUUUGCAGACCUUGCUGAUUGUCUAAUGAAAGAGGACAUCCCGCUGAAACAGAAGCGACUCUCUGUUUAUUUGCUGCUUGUGCUGGUAGCCAACAACAAAUUAGGACAGACUUUGGCUCAGACCAGUGGCUGCCUGGACAUUCUACUGAAUCUCUUCAGGGCCACUUUCCCCAUCUCCACAGAAGCCACUUUCAGAGCAGCUAAUGCUACUCAAACUUACCAGCUUUGGACGUCUGUGUCCAGUGCUCUUUGUGGAUGUGUAAACAACCCUCAGAAUGAGGAGGGUCAGCGUAUUUGUGUGGCAGCGUUUCCUGUGAUUAAAAUCUGGCUUCAGCAGCUUACUUUUCCACAGACUGAAAUUUUUCAGCCAAUAUGCACAUUCAUAGCAAUGACAGUGGCCAACAACUCCUGUGUUCAGGAGAGUUUUUCUGCCUGUGGGGGAUUAGAAACUCUCGCUCUUACCCUGGGUCAUCUAGCUUCUGCUGCAGAUACAAGCUUAUUGUCUUGCCAGCUUUCUGUCAUUAUAUCCAAGACUCUGUCAGCUUGCAUCACUGAUAACUCUUCUCUGGCUUCAGGUCUGGCGCAGUAUGGCGUGGUCUUACACCUUUUCUCUUUGCUGGCUAGUCCACACUUGGACCCAGAAGACAGGCUUCCUAUUUUACUAAGCCUUGGUUACUGCACUGAGGCCUCUGAGAAACACCAGUCCCAGCUGAUAUGGUGUGGAGGGCUCCCCAUUAUCAUAACUUUACUCACAGAGGAUUCAAGUGAGGAGGUUAGGAGGGCUGCUACAUUCAUAUUGCAAACUUGCAAAAAGGCCACUAUGUGCUCAGGAGUGGGUGAUCCGAUAGCAAAACAGGCUGAAAAUGUGGAAGCCCCUAAACACAUUGAGGAGUUCAGGAGUUCAGCCAGAGAAAUGCUACACAGGAUUAACCUGCUAGAGAAGAGAAGGGAUGUCGAGGAGUUACAGCAUACUGAUAUGAAGAACGUGAUCAAAGCCCCAGUUCCUUUUAGUCGAUGUGCAGCCUGUGUGUUACCUUUUGAGGAAGUGACCAGUCACAAUUUUGAGUCUCUCCAAAGCUCUUGCCACCAAAGCUGUGACAGGCACAAGGUUCUCCGAGAGGCCACCGAGCGCUUCAGAAUGCAUCACUGCAGGCUCAUGUUUGAGAAGGAGCACCAGGAUCCCGCUGAGGCUGAGAGAUAUUCAACAGCAGAGCCACAACAAACCUGCAAAAACUGGACUGGACCUUCUGAAGGUGAAGUAAAGGUAAAUAACAAGAACACUCUGCCUGAGCACCGAUGGAGAAAGCACAAUGGCGUCACAUUGGUUCCACUACAAAGAAGAGCUAGAAAGACAACAUUCGCCUCUCAUAACAGGACUGAUAUUGAGAUGGGAGGGAGGAGUGGUCACAAUAACAAUCAGCUGAAGAUUGGCAUAGAUCACAGUUCCACUAAAAGGAAGAGAAAGGACUUCAGCUGUGAGGAGGUGGGCUACCUGCUGUCUGGAGUAAAGACGUAUGGCUUCUCUUGGAACUUAAUCUUGUGGUCAUAUCCCUUCCAGCCUGGGCGCACCAAUGUUGACUUGGCCAAGAAGUACAGGCGACUAAUGAAAUGUAAGGCCCAGGAUGCCAGCCGUGCAGAUUCUUGAUCCUUGUUCAACCUAGGAUUUGUAGAUCAGCUGAAUGGAUUUACCUGUGAGGCCUUCAUUCU